AUGAGCCAAGAAACAGCGGACGGCUCUCUCAACUCAAAUCGUUUAAAGUCCAUGAUGAACAUCAUCCGUCGAGCAUUCAGUUUCCGUGACAAGCGUCCAACAUCUCAGCAAGGCUCAUCCGAAGAAACAUCUGGUCUUGUCAUGGAAAUGGAGACAAUGGCUGUCAAUCCGACCACCCCAUCCUCGAAGAACAGCAAUAACAAACCACGCAUUGACUCUCUUCCAACCAGCGACGUUCCCUCAACCUCGGCAUCGUGCUCUCAACCAACACCGACUUCCAAGCGAGCUCCAUCGAUCUACGAGGAUCCGUUUGUUGCUGUCGCUGCCGAUGGAACCAUCUAUAUCAAGCACUACUACAACUUCCACAACAGAGCCGAGUUCCAGAUUCAAGGCGUUCGUCAUGGACAUAUCAGAAGAAACAGUCGCGUCGUGAAAGUGCAAAGUGUGACGAAAAUCUACUACAACGCCGGAUCCGACACCCGCGACGAGACGGUGAUCAAAAACUGGGGAAUCUGCAUGAACAACGUCUGGUGGGCCAGUCACCUCAAUCGAUUGGAAAGCAACAAUCGCUUCACUAAUGUCAUUCUGAUAUGCGACGGAAUGCACCCCGGAUUUUCAGUGUCCAACAUUGAUGCAUUUGCCGAGACACUUCAGUUUGUCGGUCUCCCAGCGGAUUCUCCAUUCCAUAAUGGCAUUCCGAGCCCGCCGUUGGGCAUGCUUCAAAUUCCAUUUAUCGAUGAGGAUGAAAAUGAUGUCGUGCCAAAGAAGCGCAAGCAGCGUCGAGCCCAGCCAAAACCAGAAAUAAAAACUCAUUUGGAAUAA